GGGUCGGAGCCAAAAUGGCCCCUAUAAGACGUCAGUUUCUCAUUCGACUGUGAUUCGUGUGAAUGGUCUGUAAGCUAACUUGGCUACUAGUGCAACAAGGAACUGCCAGCAAUCCGGGGAGAGUUGAAGAUGGCUGAACUUGACCAACAGCAAGCGGAGCAGGACCUCGAGAAGAAGAUCGAGGAAACGAGACUGAGAUUCAAGAAUGAGUUCCUACAAGAUUCAACAGAUAAAUACGAUUCCAGAGACGUGGACAGGCUUCAAAAAGACGAUGUUUUAGUUGAAGCCUACCUCACAUGGAGGCUUUUUGUUGUCAAUGAUGCCUUGAAAAUGAUUGAUGAAAGUCUGCAGUGGAGGAAAGAAUUUGGUGUCAACGAUCUUGCCGAGAGCUCCAUACCCAGAUGGAUGUUUGAGACCGGUGCUGUUUUCCUCCAUGGCUACGACAAAGAAGGCAACAAGCUCUUUUGGUUUAGAGUCAAGCUACACAUUAAAGAUGCUAAAACAAUCGUGGACAAGAAGAAGUAUGUGGCCUUCUGGUUGGAGCGCUAUGCAAAGAAGGAGCCUGGCAUGCCUCUGACCGUUGUGUUUGACAUGUCCGAGUCUGGACUCAGCAAUAUAGACAUGGAGUUUGUAAGAUAUAUCAUAAGCUGCUUCCAAGUUUACUAUCCAAAGUUUUUGUCCAAAAUGAUCAUGGUGGACAUGCCUUGGAUCAUGAAUGCUGCCUGGAAAAUUGUGAAGUCAUGGUUGUCCCCGGAGGCCAUCAACAAACUGAAGUUUGUGUCUAAGACUGAACUCCUGGGGUUCAUCGAUGCCGAGUAUCUGCCAGCUCACAUGGGUGGAGUGGACUCCUUUAAAUACAGCUACCCACCUCUUCCUGAUGAUGACUUCCAAACCCCCAUCUGUGAAAACGGGCCUAUUGUCAGUGAAGAUGACACGGAGAGUAAAGAGAGUGAGAUGGAGAGCAAAGAAGCCCUGGAGUCCAGUUUCAGCUCUGAGGUUGCAGUGAAGCCCAAGAAGGUCAAUUUCCUGGAAGAUGGUUUGAAGGCAGAGGAGAAUGACAAAGGAGACAUGAGCGCUAGGACUAAAGGAGCCAAGAAACCACUGACCACCUUUAAGGGCUCCUUGUUGGAUGUGAGCCCUGCAGAGGAGCUCCGCUUUGGCUCCGGAGAGAACGAGAAGAAGUGUCUCAUCAUUCUGAGCAAUGUGACCAAAAAUAAAGUGGCCUUUAAGGUGCGGACCACAGCACCAGAGAAGUACAGGGUGAAGCCCAGUAGCAGCUGCUGUGAACCAGGAGCUCCGGUAGAAAUUGUGGUGUCUCUUCAUGGAGGAUCUCAGGCCUCGCCACAGGACAGGUUUUUAGUCAUGGCUGCAGAGAUGGAGAACCCUGGAUCAACACAGGAACUGGCACAGUUCUGGAAAGAAGUACCGAAAGCCAAGAUCAUGGAACACAGGUUGCGUUGCCAUGUUCUACAGAGCGUUAAAACCACAGUGAGUCCUCUCAGGGACAGCCUUAUAGAAUCGGGGAGCAGCGGUCAGCUGGACUUGGAGACCAUGAUUAGACAAAUGAUGGCCUGCAACUCGAGGCUGGAGCAGAGGCUGAACUCGUCUCUGUGGCUGCAGAAGGUUCUCACCGCCCUGGUGCUGGUCCUCAUGACCCUCAACCUGUUGUGUGUCUACCUGGUGUACUCAGCUCAGCGGACUUGUUGACCCGCCGUCGCUCACCCCCCGCCUGCAUCGGUCGACCCCAGGCAAGCAGAUGCCUCCCUGUGACGCCUCAGCCGACCACAAGAGGGAUGGCGGCCAUGCUCACCAUCCUGCCCCGCCCUGUCCUCCCCCAGGAGGCUGCCCUCGCUGACAUUAGGGACGCGUCAGUGUUUGUAGAGUUUUAUAUGAAGGGAUUGUAUUUAUCUCUGUACAAGCGCUCGAAGGAUUCUGUACCAGAGACUCUUUUAUCACUGUACAGCAGAGACCUGUAUUUAUUGCAACAUUCAGGAACAAGUAGUUAUUUUUGUGAUCAACAUGUGCAAUUUUUUUAAUAUAAUAUAAAUCUACCAAAUAUUAAAUAAACAUUUCUUACAUUA